UUCUUUUUGUAUUUGAACGCGCUUUUAUUUUUAAUUUUUAAGAAAGCUGAGCCAACUCUAAAAUCUGUUGUAAUCAAUGUCCAUCAACGUCCAGAACCGCGUGUUGUUAACCUCUCACUACGCCAGGCGGUGCCCAGUCCCAGUGAUAGACGCUCCAGUUUGGCUGAACCAAGCGAACCUGCGACCCUUGAAAGAAUCAUCAUCACAAAAACUGCACGGCUCAAGGACUCUGAGAGGAGGGCGGCAAAAACGGCACGUGGAGAUGGCCUGUCGCAAAGGGAUAAAGCUCUUAUUCGGGCAGUGGCUGCGUCAACGGCUCGUUCUCUUCGCGAAGUAUCUAAGAAAAGCAAAAGGUCGAGUAAGAAAUCGAGCAAGAAGUCGUCAUCUUCGUCUAGCAGUGAAAGCUCUUCAACAUCAUCGUCUAGCAGUUCGAGUAGUUCAUCUGGCCGCUCUUCGCGAAGUCGCAGCUCUCGACGCACCUCCGGUUCUUCUCGGCGCUCUUCGGAUCGUUCUAGCCGCUCAAGUCGCCGCUCUAGCCGCCGCUCAUCUCGUUCUGAUACAAGCCUUCGCCGUUCGUCUGGCCGUUCCAGUUCAAGCCGUUCAUCACGGCGCAGAUAAAGGAAAGAUGAGAGGAAAUUCUAGGAUGAAGAACAGUAAGUAUAUAAAAUAUAUAAAGAGAAUAUAA